GGGAGGGAGGGGGGCUCCAGCUCGCGCUUACAUACACACAACUACUGUGUAACAGCCACGUAAUAUUCAUCCACGGGGGUUUACGGGAAUAAAAAAUUAUUAUAAUCGACGGAGUUUUUAAAAAUCAGGAUGGCAUUUCCUGUAGAUAUUCUGACAAAUGUGGAUCAUGAGACCUUAGAGCUAACAGCUGAGGAAUACAUGUCUCAGCUCCCCUACAGAAAUACAGAGUACUUCAGCCUCUCUGAUUCCGAACAGAUAGAAGUUGGACUCUGCAAUGUGAGUUUUGUCCCUCUAUAUGGAACAGAUACUGAAAAAAAGCUCCUUGCGUUGUUCUCACCUGAUGACUCGAACACAAUUGUAGGUCUAUAUUUGCUGGAUCGGUGGUGGGGGGUUGAAGAUGUUCUUAAAACAGCAGAGCCCUCAAGAACAGGCCUGAUCAAGGUCAGCACACUUGGGGAAAGGAUAGUCCUAUAUGUUCUCAACAGAAUUGUGUUGAGAAAUGAGAAGAGCGGUGAAGAUGUUUUCUUUCUCUGUCAUUGUGAGCGUGAAGCUGCAAAAAUACUAUGGGAGGAUGGAGAGGCCAUUGGCUUUUACUCAUUCAAACCCAAAGGUAGCUUAUGCAGAAACUUCGUGACCCAAUGCUAUCAACUUCCUGUAAUGGACACAAUAUUUGUCAGGAAGUGUCACCGGGGCCAGGGUCAUGCCAUAAAGAUACUGGAAGACUUUGUUGGUAGCUUCAGAAAUGAGUACAUAGGGUUAAAAUUUCCUCUUUCAGAAGCUAUUUAUAAAGUUUGUGAAAAGUACUUCAGUAGAUAUCCAGCAGACAAGGAGCUUCUGUGGGAAGUAGAGAAAAUAGGAAGCCCUUUCCAGAGAAUUCUAAUAGCCAACAGGUUACAGAAGUUGAAGCUAAAGGAGAAGGACCAGGUUGUGAGCAAACUGAAUUUUGACGAAGGUGAUGCCACUGCUCCGAUGGAAAUUGAGAUCACAAAAAUUCAGGAAACCACUGAAUAUACAGUGGAGAUUGUGGAGGAGACCAUCAUAGACAUCACCAAAGAAGUAGAUGACAUACCUGUCACAAGGCGUGGCAGAGGUAGCAACCUGAAACGAAGAGCUAUCAGAGAAAAUUCAGAGGAGAGGCUUUCAGGGAACAUAAUCAGGGUGGAAGACAUUGAGGCAGGAGUUGAAAGUUCAGUCGAGGUGGCAGCCGUGGAAAAUCUUAACACUUUUUCUGUAAAAGAAUCAGAAACAGUACUCAGGAGCUCAGUAGACACUGUAACUGCAACUGUGACCAACUUUGCAGAGUUUAGAGGAUCACAAAAAGAGGAGACACGUGAAAUUGAAAACGACAUUGUCACAGCUACAUCAGAGGGGAGUCCAGUCACCCACCUCACCACAGCUGGGGAAAUAAAGAACCAAAGAGGUAGUAAAGAGGAAUGUGAAAUGGUUAUUAAGGAGUACACUAUAGAUAUACAAGGAGCCACUAUAGGGUCUAUUGACCAAAACCAACUUCAGUCUGUGGUGGACGUAGAAAUUGUUAAGAUGAGUACAGGAACUGAAGAGGGAAAAAAUGAAAAUUUAGGAAAGAACGAAGAGGUUGAGGAAGAUGAACCUGUGUGUGAGGCAGAGAUGGAGGAAAUAAAACAAAUGCCAGAUGAACCGAAAGAGGAAAAAACUGCGAGUGAGGUGGCCGAGCAAUCAGAGACUCGUGCUAAAUCAACAGAAAAAGUACAAACACACUGGGAUAUGGAAAUAACAGAGAAUAAAGAAAGAGCAGAAGAUGAGGUUAUGGCAGAAAGUGAAAAGGACCUAAUUGAGGAAAACAGAGAUGAAAACACAGGCCAAGAGAAAAGUGAACCAAAGGAUGAAGACACAGUUUUGCAACAGUUUGUGGAAGUUAAAGACCAGAUAGAGAUGGAGGCAGAUUCUGUGAGAGAGGUCCUUACUACUGAAGAGAUCUUAUGUGACCAGCCCAAACAAAAUGAGGCUGAAACAGAAGUCCCUGAACCAAACCAAACAAUGACAAACAAGGAUACACUAAUUGAAAAAGCAAGUAAACAUACUUUAGGCCCUGAUGAGCCAGAACAGGACUUCAACAAGAGAACAUCAGGUUUAACUCCUUCAAGGAAGUCCAAAAGACUCAGGCAUCAGCCUGCUGAAACAGAUCUUGCAACUACAAAGUCUGUGAAAACAGGCCAACAAAGAUCCAAACAUCACAGCAAAGUAAUUAUGCAAGAUGAAGAUACUGAACAAUCAACAGAUGAACCUGAACAUGAUGUUUCUGAGGUUAUGGAAAAGAUACAAGAAGCUCAAAUUGAAAAUAAGGUAGAGUCUGAGGUUGAGGAAUACAAAGAAAAAGACAUGCUUACAGUGGAAACUGUGUCUACUAUGGACGUUGAAAUUACACAGGUUGAGGAAACUGUAUUUCCUGAAGUUUCUGAAUUAGUGGAAAGAAACGAAACAGAUCAAGAAGAAGCACCACUACAGUCGUCUGUAGAGCCUCCUGAGAUACAGGAAUCAAAAACAACACCUGAAGAGGAUGAGGAGACAGUGGAGAAUAGCACUGAGAUGUUGACAUUGAGUGAAGCCAAAGUUGUGCUUGUAGAUCUGCAUGAAUGUUCUCCUAAGGAGGCAGGUGAUAAUCAUGGAGAGAUCGGUAUUCCUGAACAAGAGGAAAUUAAACUCACCAUGUCAUCUGAGCUACAAGCAACUGAAGAAAAUAUGAGAAAAGAAGAACAAGAUGGUACAUUAGACACCAAACCCAUGGAAGAACCAGCCUGUACUACUACAACAGAAGGAUAUGUUGUAGCAGCUGAUGCCAACAGAACUCCAGAACAAUCAACUGCAUACAAAGAUCAAGAGUAUGAGCCAGAAUCAGAAACCACAGAGGCUGUUCUUCUAAGCCAAGUUGAGGUACCAGAGAUAACGGACACUGAACAAGAUAAAGAGGAUAAGCAAGAUUUGUAUGAGGCAGACAAGUUUCCCAUGCAAGGCAAACAAACUCAAAAGAAAGGCUCUAUCGACAUCCCAAGUAGAUCCACAAGACUUAAAGAUCAGCCUGUUGACCCUGGGGUGACAGUUAGAUGUCUUAGGAGCACUUUGAAACCAGUCAAGAUCACCCCUGUUAGGAGAUCUACACGUAGCAAAGCAGUGAUUCAACAGGUGGAAAGUGUUGAGCCUCAAGUUGAUGCAAAACUCAGGACUGAUGAAAACCCUGAGAGGGAUGAACUUAUUGUGGAGGAUGUAAGUCCAGAGGAGAAUGAAAUGGCAAACACAAAUGCUGAUGAAACUGCAAGUGUUGAAUGUGGAAGCUCUGAAAUCCUUAGAGCUGCAGAAAUAGAUGAUAAAGAGAAAGAACCUCAGAUUACAAAGGUUACUGAGGAAAUCCCACUUAUAGCAACAGAAGCUAAGGAGGAUGUAUUAGAAAACAGAGUUGAAGACAUCAAAAAUAUUGAGAACAAGGAAGCAAAUUUAGCUGGACAAUUGGACCGUGACAUAGGGAUGAGCAGUCUUGCUCAGGAGGUACAUGUCCAGGAAGAAGAGGUGCCAAUCAGCACAGAAAGACAUCUCAGACGUAGAACAAUAAGAGUUCAGACUCCACUGACAAGGAAAUCUAGAUGUGCACAGAAACAAAAAGCUGAAGCAGAUGUUGAACAUCAGGAAAGACACACAGUGGUGAGCAAGAAUAAAACUGAUACAAUAUUGAUGACAAAAGAGAGAGAGGAUGAAAUGGGUCAAGAUGUCAACAAGAUGGAGAACAAAGAAGAACAUUUCGCUGAGUUGGAGCCAGUGGAAGAACCAAACAUGAGUAGAAAUGAAUAUGAAAAAACAUCAGCAAUAACAGAAGAGACUGUGGAUGGCUGUAUACCAAUUAUUACAACCGAGGCCAGUUUGGAAAGUCUUGAUGAAAUAGUAAACACAAAUACUGAGGAAACUGCCGUUCCAGAGAGUUCCGGACUACCUUUAGGUGUAGAAAUAGAUGAUCAGGAGAAAAAAAUUCAGAUUGUUGAUGGUCCUGAAAAAAAGGUCUCACUUGUAGAACCUGGUAAGGAGGUAGAGAAUGAUGAUGGUACUCCAGCAAUAAAAUUACAAAAAGCCACAGUAGUACUUGUGGAUUUGAGCAGACUUUCCCAAAAUACAGAAAGAGAGGGUGAGGCUUCAGAAGACCUGACACAUUUCCAAACGGAGGAAAAACUGGAACUGUAUGAACCAGAUACAAGUGAACAAGAACUGUCUAAUCUGGCAUUAGAAGAGGAGGAACAACAAGAAGAAGUACAAACACAGGAAGACACUGAAAAGACCCCUGAGGAAGAGAAAAUGGAGGAAGAAAACACAGUUGAAGAGCAGAACAAACUCGAUAAACAAGACAUGACAUUUGAAGAGCAAAAGCCAACUGAAGAUUUGGCCACAAUGCCAGCUGAGGGCAGCCUGGUGGAAAGCAAUAAAAUUGAAAAUAAACAGAAUGAGGAUGAAGGGGUGAGCGGUCUUGCCCAGGAGAAUGCUGUUCAAGAAAACUUAGAAGAGGAGGCACCAGUCAGCACACAGCGAAGUCUUAGACGAAGAACAAAAAGAGUUCAGUCUCCACCAAGAAGAAAAUCUAGACGUAUACAAAAACAAGGGGCUGACGUAGAAGUUUAUAGGGCUGUAGGUGAGGAUGUGGAAGAAGCAGUAAAUUCUGGAGAGCAUCCUGAAAAAACAACAACAAUGGCAGAUGAAAGAAAUAUAAUUCAUGAGGCAGAAAAAGAUCACAAUAUUACUUUAAAAGAAAAGCCAACAGACAGUGACAUAGAAAUGAGUGUUCUUGCUCAGGAGGCACCAGAAACUGACCAGGAAGUCUUAGAAGAGGAGGCAUCAGUCAGCACAGAGAGAAGUCUCAGGCGUAGAACAAUAAAAAUUCAGUCUCCACCAAGAAGAAAAUCGAGACGUAUGCAAAAACAAGGGGCUGACGUUUCUGAAGAUAAAACUGAAAUAGUCCUAAUAACAGAAACGGAAGCUGAUGAGGUGGAUCAAGGUGUAGAAAUAGUUGAUAAAGAGAAAGCGCCUCAAACAUCAAUUAUAGAUGCUACUGAGAAGGUGAUCCCACUCGUAGAAGCAGAACCUGAAGAUAAUGUUGUAGAACAAGGAGUUGAAGAAAUCAACAAGUUGGAGAACAAGGAAGCAAAUUUAGCUGUGACUAGAGACACAGGUGAGGAGACAUCUGAGGUGGGAGAAGAGGCCAAUUUAGAGCAACAACAAAAUGAGCCACUGGUUAAAAAUGACAAAGAAACAGCUGAGACAGAAACAUCCAUGGAGUUUGCCCCAGUUGUUAGCAAAGAGCAAACAUUCAUUGUAGGGGGGACCACCAUCCAAAUAGAGAAGGAGGUCUCACGGGUCUCACUUGUAGAAGCAGAACCUGAUGAGGAGGGAGAAAAAGAUGAUGGCACUCCAGUAAUACAACUGCAGAAAGCCACAGUAGUACUUGUAGAUUUAAACAAACUUUCCCAAAAUACAGAAGGAGAGAGUGACACUCCAGAAGUCCUGACACAUUCCCAGACAGAGGAAAAACUGGAACAAGAUAAACCAGAUAAUAGUGAAUAUCAACUAUGUAAUCUGACAUCAGAAGAGGAAGAACAGCUAGAACAACUAAAAAAAGAGGAAGAUACUGAAAAGACCCCUGAGAAAGACAAAAUGGAGGAUGAUAACACAGUUGAAGAACAGAAUGAACCCAAUAAACAAGACAUGAUAUUUGAGGAGCAAAAACCAACAGAAGAUUUGGAAGAACAAAAUGACUUAAAAGUGACAGAGAUCGUAGAAGUUUAUAGGGCUGUAGAUGAGAAUGUGGAAGAAGCAGUAAAUUCUGGAGAGCAUCCUGAAAAAACAACAACAAUGGCAGAUGAAACAAAUAUAAUUCAGGAGGCAGAAAAAGAUCACAAUAUUACUUUAAAAGAAAAGCCAACAGACAGUGACAUAGAAAUGAGUGUUCUUGCUCAGGAGGCACCAGAAACUGACCAGGAAGUCUUAGAAGAGGAGGCAUCAGUCAGCACAGAGAGAAGUCUCAGGCGUAGAACAAUACAAAUUCAGUCUCCACCUAGAAGAAAAUCGAGACGUUUACAAAAACAAGGGGCUGAAGCUUUUGAAGAUAAAACUAGAAACAUCCCAAUAAGAGGAAAGGUAGUUGAUGAAAUGCAGGAAACACUUAAGAAAUCAACUGUAGAGGCUACUGAGCUCAUCCCAUUUGUAGAAGCAGAACCUGAAGAUAAUAUAGCAGAAAAAGGAGUUGAAGAAAUCAACAAGAUGGAGGACAAGGAAACAAAUUUAGCUGUGACAAGAGACACAGAUGAGGAGACACCUGAGGUGGACGAAGAAGCCAAUUUAGAGCAACAACAAAAUGAGCCAUUGGUUAAAAAUGACAAAGAAACAACGGAGACAGAAAAAUCCAUGGAGAUUGACCUAGUGGUUGGCAAAGAGCAAACAUUCAUUGUAGGGGGGACCACCAUCCAAAUAGAGAAGGAGGUCACACGGGAUGAGGAGGUAGAAAAAGAUGAUGGUACUCCAGUAAUACAACUGCAGAUUGACCCUGUGGUUAGCAAGGAGCCAACAUACGUUGUAGGAGGGACCACCAUUCAAAUAGAGGAGAAAUUCUCACAGGGGGAAAGCACAGAAACCGAUCAAAGUGACAAUGAAAGGAUCACAAGGGGAAGUCUCAGGCUCAGUGCGAAAUCAGUCACAGCUACACAGAAGACAAGAACAUCUACACGUCUCCACAAAGUAGAGUUGGACCCAGUGAAAGAGACAAAUAUGAGUAGAAAUGAACAUGAAGAAACCUCAGCAACAACGGAAGAGACUGUGAAUGUGUGUAUGCCAAUAAUUACAGUAGAGAGCAACUUGGAAAGUCUUGAUGAAAUAGCAAAUACAAAUGUUGAAGAAACUACAGCUGUUGAACCUGAGACUUCUGAACUGCUGAUGGGUGAAGAAAUAAAUGAUAAAGAGGAGCCCUCUCAGAUUGUAAAGGAGGUCCCACCUAAAGAAGCAGAACCUGAUGAGGAGGUAGAGAAAGAUGAUGGUACUCCAGUAAUACUGCAAACAGACACACUAUUACUUGUAGAUUUAAACAAACUUUCUCAAAAUACAGAAGAACAGACUGACACUCCAGAUGUCCUGACACCUUUUCACACAGAGGAACAACUGGAACUGUAUGAACCAGAUAAAAGUGAAUAUCAACUAUGUAACCUGAUAUCAGAAGAGGACAAACAAGACAUGACAGUUGAGGGGCAAAAACCAACAGACGAUUUGUUAGGACAGAAUGAUGUAAAGGAGAGAGAGAAUGUAGAGGAAUAUAAGAUGGUCAUAGAUGAAGAUGUGGAAGAAAGUGUAACAUCUGGAGAACAUCCAAAAGCAACAACAAUUGAAGACAAAACAAAUAUAAUUCAGGAGACAGAAAAUAAUCAAGAUAUUUCUUUAAAAGAGAAACAAAUGGAUAGUGACCUAGAGAUGAGAAGUCUUGCUCAGGAGGCACCAGAAACUGUUCAGGAAGUCUUAGAAGAGGAGGCGUCAGUCAACACAGAGAGAAGUCUCAGGCGUAGAACAGUAAAAAUUCAGUCUCCACCAAUAAAGAAAUCUAGACGAGCACAAAGACAAGAGGCUGAAGUUUUUGAAGAUAAAACUGUAACAGUCCAACUAACAGGAAAAGGAGAUGAAGAAGUGCAUAAAGAAGGAACAGAAAUAGAUCAAGAGGAAAUACUUCAAAAAACAACUGUAGAAGCUACUGAGAACAUUGUCUCACUUAUAGAAGGAGCACCUGAUGAGAAUGUAAUAGAAAAAGGAUUUGAAGAAAUUAACAACAUGGAGAACAAGGAAACAAAUUUAGGGAAUGAGGCAACCCGUGAGAUGGAAAGAGACAAAGUCAAUUUAGAGCAACAGGAAAAUGAGCUAUCUGUUGAAAAUGAGAAAGAAACAGAAAAACCCACGGGGAUGGAUGAAGUUUCGGUGGUUGACAAGGAGCAAACAUACGUUUUAGAGGAGACACCCAUUCAAGCAGAGGAAGAGAUCUUGCAGGUGGAAAGCUCUGAAACCAAUGAAAAUAAAAGUGAAAGGACGACAAGGAGAAGCCUAAGGAUCAAUUCACAAUCCAUCACAUCUACACAGAAGACCAGAAAAUCUGCACGUCUCAACAAAGCAGAGUUGGAACCAGUAAAAGAAGCAAAGAUGAGUAGAAAUGAAGAAACUUCUUCAAUGACAGCAAAGACGGUAAAUGUCUGUGUACCGGUCACCGUUGAGACCAAUGUGGAAAAUCUUGAUGAAGAUAGAGAUGCGAGUAAAAGGGAGGAAAUUACUUCAGAUGAGCAAGACAUAGACAUAUCAAAUGAUAAGGGAAGGGUGGAUGAAGCUUUGCCUGAAAUAUCUACAGAUGUUGAAGAAGAGGAGACUAUGACCUUAAUUAAAAUAACUGAAAAUGAAAUUCUGCUGGAAAUGGAUAAAAUGCAAAAAGAUGUAGAGGGGGGAGUUCAGGAAGAAAAAAAAGCAGAGCCUUCACAGGAAAACACAGAGCAGCAACAAGAAGAAGCAGUGUCACUGGGUGAAAAUGUGGGGGAAACCGAUCUGACAAAUGAAUUUAAGACAACAGCUGUGGAGGAGAAGGUUGCUUUAGAAAACUCAGAGCAAGAAGCAGCUUUCAUUACAAGAAGCCUCAGAUACCGAACAGUAACAGUCCAAUCUACACCAAGAAGUAAAUCAAAACACCUCCACAGACAAGAGCUGGAGUCAGAAAGAGAAACUGAUCAUUUAAAUGUCCCUACAGGGAAGGAGAAUGAGGCAUUAAUUGCUGAGGACAGCACUGCUGAAUUUGAAAAUUUGGAGACAAAAGAGGGAGAGGGCGUAAUUGAGACAAAUACAGACGGAAAGUCAGAAAACACAGGGACAAAAGAUGAUACUAAGGAGAAAGGAAACAAAAUUCUGUUUGAAAUCAUGGAAAGUAACAGUGGCGGCCAGGUAAACACUGAACAGAACAAAGCUCAAGAAGAAAAUCUUGAGAGAGAAGAUAUGCCGAUGCUUAAUGAACAGGAGGAGGAAGAGGUUUCCAGUGUACAGAAGGAAGCAAAACCACUCCAAGAAAGAGAAAAUGAGGGAGCCGCAGAAGGUGUGCAAGGAAGAUCUGCUGAUUUGGAGGAAAAAGCAGUGGAAAUGAGAUCCCUGAGAAAAAGAAUGACUGUAGAAACAGCUGCUCCAAGGAAAUCUAAACGUCUUCGUAAACAAGAGCAUGAUGACGAUAGUGAGCAAGUCAAGGAGGCAGUUAUGGGACAAACUGACUCAGUAGAAGUGACAUUUACAGAAGACAGUGUAGAGCUGAGGUCAGAUGCAACUGCAGCAGUUUUUGAGGGAAGUCAUUUGGGUGAAGAAACACUACAAAAAAUACAGAAAAAUGCACAAGGGACUAAAUCUGAUGGAGAAUGCAAUGUACAUAAAGACACAGAGCCAGGUGCAGGUGAAUCUCAAGAGGAGCAAAAACAGAGCAGAUUAAAUAAAACCCAGACUGAUGAGGAUAAAAAAGAGGUUAUGACAGAUGAAAUAAUAGAGGAAGUGAUAGAGCAACAUGUAGAUGUUGAGUCCAGUACAAAUGAGGGCAUCACUUUAGCGUUGGAGGUAGAGGAAACUUCUGAUCAAGAAGAAAACAAAGUAGAUGAGCAGAGCAGAGUGGUGAUGGAGGCUCCAAAAGAGAUAUCCCCAUCUGUAGAAAAAUAUGAGAAAGGUGAAGAAAAUAUCUCUGAUGACGAUGAGAAAGGUCUUUCCAUUGGAAAGCAUGUUGUUCAGAGUAGCUCAACUACUGCUUCAACCAGACGAAAAUCAAUGAGGCUACAAAUGCAUGAAUCCAAAAAGAAGGAAGAUGAAUCAGAUUCUGAAUCAGAAGUAGAACGAACAGCGAAACAGAGACAUCAGAGGAAAAGAAAAGCCAUUACUGACUCAACAUCAGCACGCAGAUCAAAACGCCAUGUUAGGGCAAGAAUUGUUUAGCAGAUUAGUGAUUUGUGGCUCUUGUGUUAGUACAAGCCUCCUAUGCAUUGCUUAAGGGACCAGCCAAUUAUAUACAUAAUGUGAAAUUUUCUAUUACAUUUUCAUAUGCAAAAUAAUGCAAACUAUUUUCAACAACUAUAUUUUGUAUUUUUUUCUGAAAUAUUUGGGAUUUUAUAAAACGGGUGUUUCUUGAAAUUAGGAUUGACUGAAAUAUGCAUGCUCAGUGUAACAUUUAGUUGAUAAAUGUCUAACUAUAUCUUUAGUUUAGACACUUUUUUUCAUUUUUCUUCUAUAUUAUGCAUUGCAAAUACAUUAUAGAGGUAGUUUUUAAUGUGUAGCACUAUUUUUAUAUUCAGUUAAAUGAAACAUGCAACAGUCCACUCCACUGCAUUCAGUUUGGUUCUGGAUUGGAUGCUAAAUUGAUCUAAUUCGUUCCUUAUUUUUAGAGUACACAGGUGCUCACACAGCAUAGGUGUUCGUUUGAAACAUUUUUCCAAUGUGCAUUACACUCUUAAAAAUAAAGGUGCUUCACGAUGCCAUAGAAGAACCUUUUUGUCUAAAU